UGUUGCAGAAGCAGGGAAGGAUUUGUGUUAAAUGUCCUUUUUUUCAGCAGUAAAAAUGUAUCUUAAAGGAAGGGCAGUGACUGGGAACCCGAUGGGCUGAAAGAGAAGAUAAUUGCCUCGGACAGGCAUAAUUGCCUCAAUUCAGAAUGCUAAAAAUGGGAAAUUAGGAAUAAUCAAUGGCUGUUUAUGAUCUGUGUCUAUACUGUGAAUUCAGCUAAUACGGAGUAAUUACACUCCGCUAAUUCCUGGUAUUUGUCAUCGUUCGGUUGCAGAGGAGUCCUGCAAAACAAUAAAAACAGAUUGGCUGUGCCGGGCCCACAGACUGGGGGCUUAGCGCUGCACGAGCUGAUUUCAUUUCUAAUGGUGAAAGCGGUUAUGAUUUCCCUUAUUUAUUUUUCUCUCCUAGCGGCAAAGCCGGCGUCAGUGAGCUGCGCUGCCAGGGCUGCAGCGGGUGCAGUGGAUGCGCUACACAACAGCACCCCCAAAAGCCGGCACCGCCGUGCUGCCGGGGGAGACCUGGCACACCAAACCCCCUUGCCAACAAAGCACCACCCUUCCCCUCUUGUCAAACUGCCUUUUCACCUCCUUUUUGUCCAAUAUUGCGCUAUCAUCCCUCCUAUCAAACUUUGUCCUCAUGCAUUUCUUCUUCCAGCCCAUCCGGCACAAGGGAACCCCGCCGGUGUUUCACCCCGAUGCUCGGGCUGUGCUCGGUCACCGGGAUGCAGGUGAGACCUGCGGGAUGGGUUAUCAGUGUGGCGGCGUGAUUCACUCCCUGGUCAAUGAAAUGCUGCUGUUUGUUAACCUGUGCAAAAGUGGGAGAGGUGAGACCGGGAGCAGGCUGCGGUGGGUGAAUAAUCCCCCGCGGCGAUGCAGGCGGGGAGGUGGAAUGCGGGGGGAGCCCUCGCCCUCUCCCAGGUGGCAGAUGGCGUGCAGGAAACGCAGGUAGGGUUUAACGCUAGAUAAACAGAGAAGCAAAGGACUGUUUCCUUUUAAAGGUGCUACAUUUAACAUCUGCCGUACGUGGCUUAGCCCGGCACGAACAACCUGAAACCACACAGACACAGCACUUCUCAGGACAAAGUUUGCGAAGUGGCAGUGGCCAAACCUUUCCUAAGAGAAUUUGCCAUGAAUUUGCCCUGGUGAUCACCUCCCUGCAAAGCAGCGUGUCCCUGCGGGCAAUGUGGAGCCCCAUGGACAAGGGAUCAUUGGGGGGGAUCCUCCUCCCGGUGCUGAGCUCCCGUAGGAAAGAGCUCCUGGGAGGGACAGUCCUGCAGCCACUGGGGCUUUUGGCAGGAGCCACCAGUGCCCCAACGCUCCCACCACCCACUGAGGUCCCGCAGGGGCCCCUGCACCCAGCGCCGGCACAAGGCAGGAGGAGGAAGAGGAGGAGGAGGAGGAGGAGCAGGAGGGAGAGCAGCUCCUCACCCGCCAGCUCGCUCCCGCCGCUCCUACCAUGGUGCUCGUCGCCGUGCAGUGACUUUGCACCACAGAUUAUUCAUUCCCCAGCCUGGCAGCUUUUUGAUAUCACAUCUAUUAUUUUUUUCUUAAUUUCUCUUUCUCAGUAUCCUGCAGAAGCCUCCCGGGGGGAGCCUGCGGAUGAGACUGAUGUAAUUCCGUUGCACUGCACAAGUUAAUUAUUUGCCAAGUCGAGCCCAAGCUGACGCCCUGUUCCCAGCAUUUGAUGUAUUCACUAAUGUUGUGUGGGAUUUAAAAGCACCUUUCUGCCAUGUGCCACAGUGGAUGGGAAAAACCUGGGCUACCCCAGGGCACGGGGACAGGACACGAGGGCUCCCCACACCAGCACCAGCCCGUGGGCUCUGCUGCAGCCACGUCCCACAAGAAAAGCACACGGCUCCUCAUCCUCCUCUGUGUUUCCAGGGAAAACAGCCGGGGAAAUGCGCAGUUGCAGAGAGCAGAAGCUGUUCACGCACGGUUUCUUGACUGGGAUGAUGCGGCUCCCCAGCCCCGCUGAUGGUUUUUUGCUUGUUUCCUCUGAAAGCAGCAGCAACGUCUCCAUCUCCGGAGACGGCCCAGGGGACCUCAGGUCCCUUGAAGCGGGAGGACAAACUCAUCACAAAACAGGCCUCCCCCAGGGUGCUACAAGCCCCUUGCUGUGGGGAAGUGGGGAGACGGAGCAGAGACACGCGCUGCAGCACGCCGGGGCUUGGGGCGCUUCGUUAGUGAGCCGAGCCAGUUAUUGCCGGCAGCUAAACAAACUAAUAGGAAGGAUAUUUCCCCGGAGAGCGAGGAGGUUUCUGAUUUAGACUGCGCUGUUUAAGCCCUGACUCUCACCGCAACUAAAAUUUCCUUCCGAGGGCAAUAAUUAUCCCAACGCAAAGUCUAGGCCUGUGUUUGCUUUCCUGCUCCCCGUCUGGAAGGUUUCGGUUCGGAGGCUGCGAUUUCCCAGCACUCCGGCUGCGUCCUGCACCCCGGGAACAGCACCGGGGGGAGGCAAAGAAAAGCUCAGUGCGGCGUUUUCUACAGAGAGCACCCUCAGGUAUUAAACUAAUUCCCAUGGAGCAGUGUCGGUCCCAUAGGGGCUCUGCUCCAGCCCUCCGCCACAUGGCCCCAAGUCUCCUCUGAUGGCUUUUGGCCGAAAAUUGCUUUAAAAGCUCCAAGAGAAGCCAUUUGGUUCACCUAAGUGAUGGGAGCGGAAAAGAAAAAGGAAAAACGAGUGGGAAUGCUUUUGUUCUCGGCUGCCAGGUAAAGGAGGUUCAGCUUUGGAAAAUGUAUGGAACCUCUGGCGCUAACUGCGGAGCGGGAGUCUCCAAGGAGCGAUUUCUUCCUUCAGAAACAUAAUAAUAACAAUAAAUGAUUAAAAAGAAAACGGCCUAAAUCUAUAUCUCUACAGUUAACUGAGGACUCCUUUGGAGUUCAGGACUGUUGCUGGAUAAAGAAAUGCUUAUUUGAGACGGGAACCUCCAGCCUCCUGCGAACGAGAUGCAGUCAAGUGGCGCGCGGGGCCAGCCCGCACACGUACAGCACAGCCCGGGGGGGGAAAAACCCGCCCGAUCGGGUUAUUCUGCAUUUGCCCCAUGCCAGGGGACACUAGUCCUGGCUUCGUGCCCAACCGCUCGGGUUGCAGCACCCUCCGCCAGCCACGCUGCCCGUGUGCUGGCUUCGUGCGAGUGCAGAGGGCUCGGGCCUCCGGACCUCGGGAGAGGUUUUCCUCUUCUGAUAUGGCAAAAAAAAAGCGAGUGCCACAGCAGGGAAAACCUCCAAAGGAAACGCCUGAGCUCACAGCCACAGCAAUGCCUUUUUCCCCCCCUCCCGUGGGACAGCUGCUCCCAGCCGCUGCCGGUCACUGUGCCGCUUGGGCGGCACGCGGGGAUGCCCAGCCCCGUGCUGGGAAGCGAGAUAAGUUUUGGGGAGGUGCCGUGAGUCAUGAAAGGCUGUGCCAGGCUGGGCAGCCACACCGCCGAGCACCAGUUCGCCGGGAUGCCCCGACACCCACGCAGCCUGCCGAGAGGGACGGCGUGCCCGGGACGCUGAGAGGUCUGAACCCUGCCCAGCUCCAGGCUCUGCUCGGGGGAAUUGAAGGGGAACUCGACAAGCUCCGAAAGCAAACCGAUACCAGUUUCGAAGACUUUGUGACGUGCCAAGGGGGAUUUUAAGGACUGCCCUGCUGCUCCCAUCACACCCACCGCACCGCCAGGACUCCAGGGUGGUUUCCAGGACGGACGUUCACCCGGCUGCAUCCCCAAACUUCACAGGGUGACUUGUGACUGUGUCCCACCCCCUCGGUUGGGCUCUCUCUCCCCACCACCAUGCGGGUGACAGGCAUCAUUCGGAUCCUGGUACUGCUCAUCACGCUGCUGGGCACAUGGUUCAUCAUGCAGGCAUACUUCGAUCACAGCGGGAAAGUCAUGAGCCUGCGGAGCUGGCUGGGUGUCACCAACAAGGUCAGAAGCCAGCAGCCACCUCGGCACAAGUGCGGGAACCAGAAGAGCUGCCCACCAAACUAUUUUGCCUUCAAGAUCAUCAGCGGCGCUGCAAACGUGGUGGGACCCUCCAUCUGCUUCGACGACAGGAUCCUCAUGAGCAGCGUGAAAAACAACAUUGGCAGAGGCCUGAACAUCGCGCUGGUGAACGGAACAGACGGGAAGCUCCUGAAAACGGGCACAUUCGACAUGUACUCCGGAGACGUUAACAAACUGGAUGCCUUCCUCCAAGAGAUCAAGGCCGGCACCAUCGUGCUGACAGCCAGCUACGAUGACCCUGCCACCAAGAUGAAUGACAAAGUACGGGCACUUUUUGUGGAGCUGGGCAGCAACCAUGUGAAGCAGCUGGGCUUCCGGGACAACUGGAUCUUCUUGGGAGCCAAGGGGAUGAAGAACAAGAGCCCCUUUGAAGAGCACAUCAAAAACGAUCGGAAAACAAAUAAAUAUGAGGGCUGGCCUGAGAUGCUGGAGAUGGAGGGCUGUACCCCCAAGAAGAUGCAUUAGCAUCCAGCCCCAGCCUGCCACGGAGGGCAGUUGCCACCAGUCUCGCAGGGACACCAGCCCCACCGCACCGACCCCAGGCCCUGCCACCGCCCGGUCACACGGCCCAACGGUGGCUGCCUGCUCCCAGGGACCCGCUGUUUCCGAGCAGGGGCUGCGCAGGACUUGGAGAAGAGCUGUACAAGAGCCUGCAGAGCCUGAACAAAUGCCCAGCCGCAUUUCAGACGAGCUGUCCUCAUUUAUGUGUCAAUUUAGGUUAUUCAAUGUUUCUGUCCUUAAACAAAAAACUUUGUAAGAAGGUUUUUCAGAUUUCUUAAAUAAGAUAUCUAAUUAUAAAACACUGCCUUCUCGCUUCCAUUUUCAAGCAUAAAC